AUGGAAAAUAUCGUGCAAGGACAAUGGAAUGGAGUAGAAAAGCUUGUCCAAGGACAAUGGAAUGGAGGAGAGAACACGAUGGAAAAGCACACGAGUACUCUUGAAUGGAAUGGACGCUUGAAGUGGAAUGACGUAAACUUUCACGAUGCUGAAAACGUUGGAAAGUAUGACCCAAGAGGAAUCCAUUGA